AUGUAUACCCCUGCCAGUCCCAAAAUCCUAUAUAGAAAUCCUCGGUUCCUCCGCUUAGCUUUUCUUCAGCUUCAUCAUCAGCAACAGAGUGGUAUGUUCUGUGAUGUCCUUCUGCAGGCAGAAGGUGAGGCAGUCCCAGCCCAUUGUUGCAUCCUGUCUGCCUGUAGCCCCUUCUUUACAGAGCGUCUGGAGCGGGAGAGGCCAGCUCAGGAUCGGAAGGUGGUGCUGGAGCUGGAAGGCCUGAAGAUCAGGACACUUAGGAAGCUGGUGGACUUUUUCUAUACCUCAGAAAUGGAAGUGUCUCAAGAAGAAGCCCAGGAUGUGCUGUCAGCUGCCCGGCAACUCCGUGUAUCUGAGCUCGAAUCCCUUCAGCUACAGGGUGGGAAGCUGGUCAAGGCUCCACAGGGCCGCAGACUAAAUCGGGAGUGCUUACAAUCACCAAGUACCACACCCAUCUCUACCAGGGUUGUGGCGUCCAGCCACCACCCUCAAACUCCACUGCCUGUUCCCCCGACUCCCUGUCCUCUUGGGACAAUGAGGUUGAAACCCUUGGGGAAGGACGAGGGGCCCCGGGAGAAGAGCAAUCAACAGAGCGUGGAGAACCUGUCAAGAGCUCAUUUACUCAAGAAGGCCAGAGCCUGCCCAGCUCCACAGGAAAAGGACAGGUCACCACCAAGCCACAGUCUGGCACUGAAAGAGAACAAGAGCGAUGUCACCCUUGGUCCAACAGCAUCUUCUCUGCGUAGCUUGUACCCUGCAGUGGAUGAACGGCUCCUGCCCAGAAAAAUCCGGCUGAGCCGUGCAAAGCCAUCUCCUGAUGUGUGUCCGGCCAAGGCUUCCAACAUCUCAAGUGGACCCAUCCCAGUGACAACAGCCCCAACAGCCCAGACAGUCCCCAGCCGGCGACUUUGGCGACAGAAGAGCAUAAAGAAAGAAGUGACAGAGAACAAGCCAGUCUCAAGGACAGAUAGUCCGCUACCAAGCACCCCGUGCACUUCUGGGGGGAACAAAAAGCAGAGCCCCGAAGUCAGAUCCCACAACUCAGACUCUGCAGAGGAAGGGCAGGUGGGGAGAGUCAAACUCAGAAAGACUGUCAAUGGGACCUGCUGGGAGGUAGUGCAGGAGCCUCCACAAACCAGCCCUGAGGCACCAGUAUCCAGAGACUCAAUAGAGUCUCCAGGGACUCCACCUUCCUCUGUUAAUGAGCAAAUGUCACCCCCUAGACUAGACCCAUGUCAGGACUCACCCAUGUGCAACAGGCUGCAAGACAUUCUUCUCUCUGCCAGCUGCUCCCCUGAUCGCCGAGUGGCAAAGUGUGCGUUCGGGUCCAGUCCAGGACUGGGAGGGAAGGAGGCUGGCAUGGCCAUUGACUGCCAAGACCCUUACAUGUUUGACCAGAGCCUGCUUGGGCAGCCCUGUGAGGCUGAGGAGUACCGAAUCACUACUACUGCUGCCACCAGUGAGCUGGAGAAGAUCUUGGACUUCAUGCUCUGUGGCUCAGACAUUGAAGCUCCCAUAGGGUCGUUGGAGAGUCCUGAGGCUGAGGGCUGCAGAACCCCUAGUUACCAUCUGACUGAAAGAGGAAAAGACUGGAUUGAAAGCGAAGAAUGGUGUUUGCCAGACAUGGAACUCUGGUCCUCCGAGCUCACAGGACUGGAGAAGGAACCUGUCAGUGAGAGCAAAGAGCCAAUGGAGCCCUUUAGCCCCCUUGUCAUGCCCACAGAGAACAAAGAGCCAAAUGGCCCCCCGAGCCCCUUUGUCGUGACCUCUGAGGGGAGUGAAGCGGCAGUGCUUUCAGUGGGAGGUUCUUGGAUUCCAGAUCUAGAAAUUACCAGCUCCCUGCCACUCGCUGGCCAGAGAAACAAACCUCUUCCUAUUGAAUCCCCUGACCCUGUUCAAAGGUCCGAUGAAGACCCUUCACCUCUCUGUUCCAGUUGGGUGGAGACAGGAUUGCAAGUGUCCAUAACUAUGGACGAGAUCCUACACCCCACCCCAGAGGCAGACACAGAGGUAGUUGGCAACUCAGAGUUGGUCAAACUUCCCGCCAGCCCAGAAGAGGAAGAGAUUGAUGUGAUGGACUGGACAUCAGCAGGGGGGCUGGAGCCCACCACAUUUCCUUCCGUCUGGCCUGACCCUUCCUCCGAGUCAGAAACAGAGAUAGACAUACUAACAUAG